AUGAAGAAAUGGCUGGGAGCUGCAAAGCACAGUGCUUCGAGCUCGACUCAUUCGCUGAGUGCUCUUGAGGAGCCUCAGGCACUCGAGAAUGCUAUGGCUGCUGUGUCAUAUAUACUUAAUGAUGAAUUGUCCAAGGGCAACUCGCCUUUCCACAAGUUGGGCCAAGGUGUCGUGUCCUUCUUGCGAGCAGCCCUCGGCUUCGAGCAGGAUAUCAUGAGAGAGGCCUCGGAGCGUCUAGGACAAGCCGAGUCUGCCGCCUACGAACACCAACGCCAUGCCGACAAGAAUGCCUACCAAUCCAAGAUAUACCCUGCUGGAAGCGAAUACGCUCUUUGCCUUGCCGAAGCACAGCUUAUGAGUGCUGUCGUUGCCGUCCUGAACGAGAGUCUUUCCGAGAGCAUCAAGGGCUUCUACAAAAUGAGGAAGGCAUAUGUGGCUUUGCAAGAGAUAGCAGAUGCUGAGAAGAGAUACUUGAAGGGGAGGAGCUCUGCUUCUGUGGCCACUACAAGCACAAGAUCGACUGUCAACCCAGCCCCAUCACUUGCUUCGGAACCACCGAGUAUAUCAGGCCAGACUCUGGUCGCCCAAGACGAAGACGACGACGAUGAUUUUGUGGACGCAGAUGAGAGUAUUGCUGCACCUGCGAUCCCCGCGACUUACCAAGGCCACUUGGAGUCUAAGGAGCUGGAAUCCAAGCUAGGAAAUCUGUCUAUUCGUCUUGGCUCAUCAUCCACUCAGACUCCUGCGGCACCCGUGGUAGAAGAAGACGACUUCAGUGAUUUCAGCAAUCACCCCAUCGACCUCUUCAUCCAUUCCGGCUCUAACCUUUGCUUCGGCCUGUUGCAACUAAUGCUCUCCUUGAUCCCGCCGGCCUUUUCCAAACUUCUUUAUAUCAUUGGCUUUAAAGGCGAUCGCGAGCUUGGUAUCCAGAUGUUAUGGCGAGCCACCCAUUACUCGAACAUCAAUGGCGCUAUGGCCGGUCUGAUCACACUAGGAUACUACAACGUGACUGUUGGCUUCUGCGAUAUCGUCACCUCAGAUGCUUAUCCCAAAGAACGCUUGACAAAUCUGCUGGUCCAGAUGCGCAAGCGCUAUCCCCAGUCCCGCCUCUGGAGACUCGAGGAGGCAAGAAUGAUGGCUGCUGACAAACGGCUGGAAGAUGCUGUUACCAUGUGUGGCACUCAUGAGAAGAGUCCGCUGAAGCAAGUCGAGGCAUUGCAGUGGUUCGAGAAAAGUCUGAACUGCAUGUACCUGCACAGAUAUGAAGAAUGUGCUACCUCAUUCUUGACGGUUCGUAUUGCAGCACGCAUGGGUGAAGAAGGUCAACUGACGUGUCUAAACAGNUGCGUUGAGCUCAACAAUUGGUCUCAUGGCCUCUACUACUACAUUGCUGGUGCUUGCUACGUCGAACUCUACCGUGAAGCCAAAUCAGUCGACGCAGGCAGAGCAGAGAAGUACGCCUCUCGAGCAACAGAACUUCUCCGCAAAGUGCCCAUCCACGCUGGCAAGAAACGCUUCAUGGCGCGUCAACUACCCUUCGAUGCCUUUGUAACUCGAAAGAUCGCCAAGUGGGAGGAACGAUCCAAGGCCCGCGGUAUCUCCUUCGUGGAUGCUGUAGGCAUUGCNCCCGUGGAAGAAAUCAUCUACUUCUGGGCCGGCUUCAAGAGAAUGAGAAAGGAGCACCUUACACACAGUCUUGAGCGUCUCGCCUGGAGCGAGCAAAACGGCUGCCACGAUAAUGCAACCGAUGAACUAGCCACACUGUCACUUCUCCGCGCUACGGUAACCCGAUGGCUCGGCGAUACAGCAACCGCUCGCAAGAUCCUAGAGACGCAGGUGCUGAAACACGAGUGGGCUGAGUUCAAGGGCGGAAACAAAGAUAAUUGGUCGUUGCCGGUGGCGCAUUACGAAAUGUCCGUCAUUGAAUGGAUAGAUGCCGGCGGUGAGAGAGGCAGCAAACAGCAAUUGGAAAGUUGCUCACGAUGGGUGGAAAAGGCCGCGAGGUGGGAAGCCUAUGAUUUGGAUGCUAGGGUCGGUCUCAAAGUUACUACGGCAAGGGAGACGCUGAGGAAAUGCGGCAUCACUGCUGCUCCUGCUUGA